UAGGUAAGGUGUCACAGGGCUCGCCGAUUGGCGUCUCCAUACCUCAUUGCUGGUGGUCGCGACAGGCCCCUUUCACCUUCAAUCCAGCCCACCGGGCUCAUUUUUCUGUGUUUUCUCCGCUCAUUUCGGCGCACUUGGGUGCCUGUCUGUAGAUUCGCUGUCCUCAGUGGCCGCCAGCCGCUCUCCACGGUCCUGAAGAGCUUCUCUCCUGUCUGUCGACUUUUUGUCUUCUUUCCUACUUGGCGGUGUUUUAACAAUUCAAAUAGCAAUCCGACUUUGAAAAAGAGUGAUCGCUGAUGGUCUGUCUGGAUCAAGUUGGGGAGUUUGCUUAAUAGUCGAUUUCAUUUGGCAGCUGAAAAAUGUUCCCAAAAGGUAUCGAUUUUUAGAUGAUGCGUGGACGCAAUUGCAGAAACUCUCAUUGAUUUCGCGGAGGAUACCUCGUUUCAUUCGCUCUGCUUCCUUCUGCUCAGCCAGAAAGUUGCCUUUAAACUUUGUGAUUUAAACGGAGGUCGGAGACGGUGGGAUACUGGUGUGCACCACGAACAGGAUUGAUUUGGGCUCAUUCGCACUUGAUGCGCUGCCUGGUGUCUGGAUGCCGCUCUAGCCGCUUCUGCACUCCACUACUGCCAAUGCGUGCAUAGAAAACGACGGACACGGACAGAGUUGCGGCUGCGAUGGAGGCGCCCGCUAACGGCUCCAGUUUUGGGAUCGACUCCUUGUUGUCUCACAGACCGGGGAGUCCAGUUCUACCCAAAGGGGACACACUGAUGGGGGAAUGUCGGUCUCCACUGGAGCUGAGCCCGGGCUCCGAAAUAGGAAGCGGUUGCUCGUCGCCUUCAUCGCCUGCGAUGCCAAGACAAGGUUCUGGCCCCGGUCCUGGUCCUGGUCCCGGUCCCGGCCCUGGACUGGCUCUAGACCCUCACCUACAGCACGGACAGAUCUCUCAGCCGAGGACCGUCACGUCGUCCUUCCUCAUCAGAGACAUUCUGGCGGACUGUAAGCCCUUAGCCGCCUGUGCCCCGUACUCCAGUAGCGGGCUGACCAGUCCAGAGCAGGGGCGCCUCUCCUCGAAAAUCGCCGAGGACUUUAUGGACAAAGUGGAAAAAAUUCACAGCAAUUCAUCCUCCGAUACCGAAUAUAAAGUGAAAGAGGAAGGCGACAGGGAGAUAUCAAGUAGUCGGGACAGUCCCCCGGUACGGCUGAAAAAGCCACGGAAAGCUCGGACGGCCUUCACGGACCACCAACUGGCCCAACUGGAGCGCAGCUUCGAGAGACAGAAGUACCUGAGCGUCCAGGACAGGAUGGAGUUGGCGGCGUCACUAAACCUCACGGACACCCAAGUGAAGACCUGGUACCAGAACCGCAGGACGAAGUGGAAGAGACAAACGGCGGUGGGACUGGAGUUGUUAGCAGAAGCGGGCAAUUACUCCGCUUUGCAGAGGAUGUUUCCUUCUCCAUAUUUCUACCCGCAGAGCCUGGUGUCGAAUCUGGACCCCGGGGCGGCACUCUACCUGUAUAGAGGGCCGUCAGCUCCGCCCCCAACUCUACAGCGCCCCCUGGUGCCCCGGAUCCUACUUCAUGGGCUUCAAGGGGGGAGCGAACCCCCGCCACCUCUGCCGUCUUUAGCGGGCGUCUUGCCCAGGGCAGCACAGCCACGGUGAGCCCCGUACAGAACUUUAAAGAAGGGAAAAAGAAACAGACAAAAAACAAAUCAACAGCAGUUCAGAUUUCCAUUUUUUAAUUUCGAAAGAAAUGUUUUUGCUUAUAUUACAUGAAAUCUUUACCUGUUUUCCCUUGAAGGAGAUAACUUUUUGAGUAUUAUUAUUUUUUUUUCACCACAACCUAAAUCUUUGCAUGGACACUCCUCCCAGAGCUGGUGACUUUUUAUAUUUUUCUUUCUCUUUUUGCUGUUUUAGAAGCCAGUCGAUUGUUGUUGGUUGAGGCAGCACUCAGGGUGUCUUUGCGGACUCCAUUAUUAAUUUAUUCGCAUAUUGUUAACUGAAUUCACAUGUCCGGAGAGAUUCGGUUGAAUAUUCUGCACUUCCCACCACGGAUGGCAUAACGUGUAACGAGCACCUGCUACUUUUCAGACACGCAUUUACACUUCUAUGCCAUUGCCCAGGUGGACACUGACACGCGCCACGUCGAUUAUUUUAUAUACAUUAUAAAUGUGAACGUAAAAUCAGGUCAUGGACUCCUUCGCACAUUUUCCAUUAGUCGCGGAAGCACCCAGACCCGACCAGUUUGAAUACGAAUGUCCGCUUACUGGCGUAUCGAGGGCACAAAGAGUAUCGCUAGAUUAUUCCCCUUGGCUACUCUGGCGGGGAGGCACCCAUGAAUAUGCUGUGAAUAUUCGAAUUUGCAAAAGAAGCAAACAUUAUUUUCAUUUUCUUUCAACGCUGUCAAGAUGGAUGCAUUUCAUGUUUUUUUAUAAUCAAGCCAUUCUACUCAGAGUCAGCUCUUUUAUUUAUUUAUUCUGCGAUUUGCUGCGAAGCACAUGCCAGACACAGUGAGCUAACACUUCCCGAAGUGAAUGAGUGCGUGAAUGUGCGUGAAUGUCCCAAUGAUGACGGGGACAACCUGCAACGCCCUGCCCUAAGACCCCCGAAUGGAGAAAGCAGGUCAACCGAUGGAUGGGUGAAUUAACGAGUAGAUGGAAGAAUGGCAGUUUUUGGAAAAUAAAAUAAUCCAAGACACUUUAUUUGUUUUAUUUUCAUAGGAAAAAGUCAGUAAUUUCUGUAUUUAUUGUUUAGUAUAUUUUUCUGUAUAUUUAUUUAUAAACUGAUUCACAAAUGCCACUUUAAGAAUUGCACUAAUAACCCUUGAACUAAGCAUCCUGAACUUAAAAGAUUUAACUUAACUGAACUGACACGGACCACGAGAAGGCCUGACUGUCGUACAAGUGCUGUGUGACUGACGGGACGAGCUAACCGUGAAAUCGAGUCGCUCGACAUGAUGGACUGCAAUAAAGUCAUCGAUCAGUUCUCCCCUUUUCCCCUUCUCGGCGGAGGCACUGACGGCUGGAUUGUUCAUUUGUUACUUCAUGUGAUGAUACUGUGUGACAGCUUUGUAAAUAUUUUUGUGAAAAUGUAUAUUGAAGCUAUUUAUUUGUGAAACCCUCAUAUUGUGAAGUGAUUCUCGUAGUUCUGGAUUUUUUUAAAACAACAGGUCCUCGUCCUCCUCCUCCUCCUCCCCGGUAUUCCUCAAUACAACGGAAAUGUUUGCUCAAUUAUGUUAAGACGAUGGGAUUUUACCUAAAGAGAAUUACUUUUUUUAAAUGUACAAAUUCUUACAUACAGAAAAUAAACAUACUGGUUUUGAAUAAAAGGCGA